AUGACUUUUACUAAAAUUACUAGUCUGUGCUUAAAAGUGAGUACAUUAAAGAAAUGUAUUACGAGGAGACCUUUGUGCCUGCAACGGGACUUUAGUGUUAAAAGCCGUCAUUUAAGUAGUUCAAAUGUCGACAAACGUGCAUUGGGUAGUACGGAGCGAAAACAACGAACAUUUUCAGAUAGAACGCAACUGAAAUUUGCGAGGCGUUUAGUGGUCAAGUUGGGAAGUGCAGUUAUCACGAGAGAGGAUGGAAAUGGACUAGCUUUAGGACGAUUGGCUUCUAUUAUUGAACAGGUAGCAGAAUGCCAUCACGAAGGUCGAGAGUGCAUUAUGGUGACAAGUGGUGCCGUGGCCUUUGGAAGACAAAAAUUAACACAAGAACUUCUUAUGUCAUUGUCUAUGAGGGAAACACUUUCUCCCAGUGAUCACACAAGAGAGGAUGCUGGGAGUAUAUUGGAUCCUCGGGCUGCGGCUGCGGUCGGUCAAUCCGAGCUUAUGUCAAUGUAUGAUGCUAUGUUCUCGCAAUAUAACGUAAAAAUUGCACAGGUAUUAGUCACCAAACCAGACUUCUACAACGAGGAGACACGGAAGAAUUUAUUCUGCACCUUAUCAGAGUUGAUAUCAUUAAACAUAGUGCCCAUAGUUAACACGAAUGAUGCCGUCAGUCCCCCGAUGUAUAUUCAUGAUGACACUGUUGUACCUGGAACAGGGAAGAAGGGUAUAGGUAUAAAAGAUAAUGACAGUCUCUCAGCUCUCUUAGCAGCAGAGAUCCAAUCAGAUCUCUUAAUUAUGAUGUCAGAUGUUGACGGUAUCUACAACAAGCCGCCGUGGGAAGACGGUGCUAGAAUGAUGCACACGUACACUUCUAAGGAUAGGGAUUUAGUUCAGUUCGGUCAGAAGUCGAAGGUUGGUACUGGAGGUAUGGAUUCUAAAGUUAACGCUGCAACGUGGGCUAUGGCGAGAGGUGUAAGCGUAGUGAUUUGCAACGGCAUGCAAGAGAAGGCUAUAAAAACUAUUAUCAGUGGCCGAAAAGUUGGUACAUUCUUCACAGAUAGUCCCACUACUUCUACUACGUCUGUGGACGUAAUGGCUGAAAAUGCUCGAUCGGGAAGUCGCGUAUUACAACAGCUUAGUCCAGCUGAAAGAGCCUCAGCUAUUCAUUCUUUGGCUGAUCUUCUUGUUGAAAAGAAAGAUCUCAUUCUAGAAGCCAACUCUAAAGAUUUAGAAGAAGCAACUAAAGGCGGCUUAGCAAAACCUCUCUUGGAUAGACUGGCAUUGAGUCCAGGAAAGUUGAAAACAUUAUCGAUAGGCUUAAAGCAAAUUGCCGACUCCAGUUACGAAAAUGUCGGAAGGUUGUUGCGCAAGACAAAAUUGGCUGAAAAUUUGAUACUGCGUCAAGUCACAGUUCCAAUUGGGGUUCUACUUGUGAUCUUUGAAUCUCGGCCAGAUUCUUUACCACAAGUCGCAGCCUUAGCUAUGGCCUCUGCAAACGGGCUUUUAUUAAAAGGAGGCAAGGAAGCAGCGUAUUCAAAUAAGGCUUUGAUGGAUUUGGUUAAGGAAGCUUUGCAAAGUGUUGGAGCUCAAGAUGCCAUAUCAUUAGUAUCUACACGCGAAGAAAUCAGCGAUCUGCUUGCGAUGGAGAAACAUAUAGACUUGAUCAUACCUCGAGGCUCGUCAGACUUAGUUCGCAGUAUUCAAAAGCAAUCGCAGCACAUUCCAGUAUUAGGUCACGCUGAAGGGAUAUGUCACGUUUACCUGGACAAAGAUGCAGACCCAUCGAAGGCCUUGAAAGUCAUAAGAGAUUCAAAAUGCGAUUAUCCGGCCGCAUGUAAUGCAAUGGAGACUUUACUGAUCCACGAAGAUCAUUUAUCGGGAAGUUUGUUCACGGAUAUUUGUAGUAUGUUGAAGAAUGAAGGCGUCAAAAUUAACGCUGGGCCGAAGUUGUCCGGGCAUUUGACGUUUGGACCGCCCCCAGCAAGAAGUAUGAAGCAUGAAUAUAGUGCUUUGGAAUGUUGCAUAGAAGUUGUGAGUGACAUUAAUGAGGCGGUGGAUCACAUUCAUAAGUUUGGCAGUUCACACACUGACGUGAUUAUAACGGAGAAUGAUAAUACAGCCAAAACGUUCCUCAACUCAGUAGACAGUGCCUGUGUCUUCCACAACGUGUCGUCGCGUUUCGCAGACGGAUUCCGUUUCGGACUUGGCGCUGAAGUUGGUAUCUCCACGGCGAGAAUCCACGCUCGAGGUCCUGUGGGUGUCGAAGGUCUUUUGACAACAAAAUGGGUUCUUGAAGGCACCGAUCACACUGCAGCUGAGUUCAACGAAGGCAAGCGUCAAUGGCUCCACGAAAAACUACCUAUAAAUUGA